UGACUUUUUUCAUCCUUCUUUUUUUUAUUUCUCCUUCCCUUUGUCUGUCUCAAAAUGGCAUCUGAGAACUUCAGACAGUGGCUUGAGGAGGGGAAAGCGUUGGCAGAUGAGUUGGAAGCCAAAAAGCCAUCAAAGAAAAGGAAACAGAAGGGAACCGGAGGCUCCAAUGUUUCCUGGAGGACGAGGGACCAUAAUGGGUACAUAGUACCAAAAUUCAUCAGAAAGAAUCGAUCUGUUAAACACAGGCGCACUAUGGAGGUGCCAGAAGUUGAGACCUCGCAGAUGGAUGAAGUUCCUCAAGAGGUCACAAAUCUUGACCAAGAGUAUACCAUCUCUCCAGGAAAGCAGACUGUCUUGGUGACUAUCAAUGGUCCAUACAAUCUUUGUCUGCCUGCUGUGUAUUGCCCACAUUGCUCCUGCAAGUGGACCCCAGGGAUCAGUGACCUGAUUAGUAGCCGAUACUGGCCAGCAACAGCAAGCUGCCAAAUGCUGUUCAAAUUUGAUGUCUUUGCAUCAUUUGAACAGAUGAAGUUGGCCAGCCCAGCUACGUCCCAAAAAGCAUUUAUAAGAAUGCUUGAACAUCGGGCACAUUGCACAGGACGGAAUGGCAGUAUAUGCGGUGAUACAUUCCACAGGGUGUAUCGUGAAUUUGCCUUCUGCAACUGGAAGAAAGAGCAUCUGUGUCAGGUUGAGCCCUUCAAGUGCCCUGCCUGCACACCAGACAUGCUUGCCAUAGCUGCAGAUGGUAACAGAAAGCAGUACCGCUUCAAGAAAUCCAAAGGGACAGAUGAACAAUCUCUUUUUGAUGGCCUGUUCAUUGCACAAGAUGCCCAAGUGUCUGCCUUUGUGGAUCAGACAAGAAGCCAGAUGACGAUUAGAACUGGUCAUGAUGUAUGUGGGCCGGCAACUUUUACUGCAGGACGAGAAACCUCCCAGAAGUCCAGGGCCAAGGUGGACGAGGAGGGCCUGGAAAUUGCCGUUUGCAGACACGGAAUCUUGCUACAAGGCUUGAAUCACUACCGUGGAGAAAUUUAUGCUUACCCACUGUUCCUGCAGAAGGAGUUGGCUCAGGCUGCAAACAUCAAAUUCUUUUGUAUGGACCUCACUUGCAGGUAUUGGCCAUACUUGGAGAAGAUGGCAGAGAAGUUGUCAGAGCUCCAACCACUGACAGAGAUGAGGCCUUUUCUGUCUGUAAUGCAUGCCAAGGCUCACACUGGCAAAUGUGAGGUGAGGUGGGGUGGCAGAAACCAGGAUGGUGCAGGAAAUACUGUUGGUGAGGAGGUGGAGCAAGUGAACAGCUUUCUCUCAAGGGCAGCUCUGACCACAAAAUACAUGACCAAGUCAGGGAGAGCCGAUAUGAUAACAAUGCUUGCCAUGGGAUGGAACAACAGGAAGGUGGAGAGUCUACACAAGACACUGGCGAAGCGAUUUGUUAAAAUUACACAGAGAGCAGAAAAGGAAGCAGCAAAUCUUCAGCAUCUCCAGCAUGACCUCAACAUCACUUUGGAGGACACAGAACAGUGGAUUGAGGAUGUGAAGCAGUGGGCAGCCACUGGGAAACAUGGUGCUCAUAGUAGCCAGGAAGAACUCCAGAGAGAGAUUGAUGAGAUCAUCUAUUCCCUCAGAAGGAAGAAGCAUGAUCUCUACCGACAAAAUGACAGCAAUCAAACGAGGCAACGGAAACGGAGGAGACUGGGUGAGCUCAAAAAGAAACUCAGAGAGAAGAUCGUCCAAUACAACACAGUUGCUGCAGAUGAAGACAAAAUUGACUCAGAAGCAGCAUGCAGUCUCUCUGAUGAAGGGAAUUUCUCCUGA